UACAGACUCUUGUCUUUAUCCAUUUCAAUUUAUGUCUUCAGAAGACCUUGAACAAGUCAUUAUUCAUGUCACUUCAUCAAUUAAAAAAGUUUUUCCAGAUACAUCUCCUGGAAAGCUGCUAAGAAUAAAUUCAGACAUUCAUAUGAAAUUCGCAAAGAUAGCGGACUUUCUAGAUGAUUUUACACAACCUAACCGAGGACCAUGUGGAGGCUUUUCUCAGACAUACGCUGCAUUAUGUGACUACAAUGGUUUUACUUUACGCGAAGAGAUCCAAUGGGACAUUGAUAACAUAUAUGCCAGACAUGAGUGCAGAGAAUUCAGAUUAUUAGACUUUACCCACUUGGAUACAAGUGAUGUUGCAUUGGCAGUGGCCUCAUUAUCGUUUAACCCAUGGUUCACAAAACUUCACUGCAAAGAUUUCCGAUUGAGACUGGAAAUCUUGGAACAAAUUCUAUAUGUGAUUGGCAGGUCACUGAAAAUAGAGGAGUUGAUUUUAGAGAACUGUGGGUUAAAAUGUGAAUUUGCUGUGAAGAUGGCUCAAGCACUAGACAACAAUCCUGACACUGUGCUCCAUACCAUAAAUCUUUCUGGAAAUCCAAUAGAAGACAAAGGAAUAGCUGCAAUUAGCCGACAUUUUGAGAAACAUCAAAGUUUACAACAUCUAAACUUAGCAAGAACAUCAGUGACACCAAAAGGUAUGAACAGUUUACUUCAAUCUCUUGCUUUUAAAGAAACCUUCAGCAAUUCUCUUUGCCACCUCAACCUAUCUGGAAAUCCGGGUAUUCUUGCAACCGAAGAUUCCAUUAACCUCUAUAACUUCCUGAAUCAGUGCACCUCACUGUGCCACCUUAACCUCUCUGGAACAGACUGUGCUUUAGACUCUCUGUUUGGGUCCUUGAUUCAUGGCUGUUGCUCAACUUUAUCCUAUCUAAAUGCUGCAAGAAAUGUGUAUUCACACAGGAAAGUGAAAAAUAUAUCUCCUGCAAUUUCACAGUUUUUUAGCAAAUCAUCUGCUCUCAAAUAUCUUGAACUGUCGGGAACAAAACUUCCAUCAAAUGCAUUAAGAUCAAUGUUUCAAGGGUUGACAAGUAAUGAUAUGAUCACUGAUCUUCAUAUGGACCUUAGCAACUGUGAGCUCUGUUCAUCAGGAGGCCAAGUGAUACAAGACAUGAUAUUUGAUGUUAAUGCAGUCAGCACCUUGGAUUUAUCAGGAAAUGGUUUUAACUCUGAAAUGGUGACAUUGAUAUUAUCAAUUGGAAGAAGUAAAUCCAUAAAGCAUGUUUUCUUAGGCAAAAACUUCAAUUUAAAGCUUAACACCUCUGUGGCAGAAGUUCUUCAUCGCAUUGUCCAGCUGCUACAAGAUGAAGAUUGUCCACUUCAGUCUCUGUCUCUGGCUGAUUCGAGAUUAAAAUCCGGAACCAAUAUUAUUCUGAAUGCUCUUGGAGUCAACAGCAGCCUUACCAAGAUAGAUAUAAGUGGAAAUGCAAUAGGAGAUACUGGAGCCAAGCUAUUAGCUAAAGCUUUACAGAUGAAUAUCAAACUCAGGACACUAAUUUGGGAUAGAAAUAAUACAACAGCUGUUGGAUUCCUUGAUGUGGCUGAUGCAAUGGCAAGGAAUUUCUCAUUAAUGUCAAUGCCUUUCCCAAUAAGUGACAUAUCACAAGCAUAUCGAGUGAACCCAGGAAAAACAGAAGCUGCAUUGCAUCAGAUACAAAAUUGUCUCCUGAGGAACAAUUACCUUGAGCGCAAUGUGGAUGAAAAAGCUAAAGAUUUACAAAAUGAUACAACACAUAUUUUAUCCCAAGAGAACAAGAGGAGACACAGUUCGGAAGGUGGAGGUAUGGAGAAGCUGGCGGCGCUGCAGCACUGAGAGACUCAGUCAAUGGACAGCUAGUGGUGGAGAUUUGGCGUCAGCGGGUAAAGCAAAUUACCGUGUUUGAAAGUACCGUCUUUUUAACAACAGCGUCCCGAGGAUCUGGUGAACUCUGUGUUCUAUGCAUCUGAUAUCCAGGAUUGUAUACCGGUAAAUCCCAUAAACCCGAACUGCACAACUUUUAUAAAGAAUGUGUUUUUAAGAAUAAAGGAUUUUUUUAAAUUUAA